AUGGAAAUGAUAAAAGCUAGAUAACUCAAGGGAGGAUUAAUAUUGAGCAAGUGUGUCACCGAUCUUGUUAACUUCUAUAAGAAGUGCUCCUUCACUCUAGCUGAAGCACCAUUUAGUUCAUGGGCAGAAAGGGGAACUAAAAUGAUGUGUUUGGAGUUAAACAUGGAAGAAGAUGAUGAUGAAGAAGAGGAAAAAGUUCCUGAAAAAAGUGCGGUGAAAUAAAAAGCAGCAGAAAUUAAACAGACCAUUAAUAAGAAACAAGUUGUAGCAAAGACUACAAAGAGGGCCAAGAAAGUAAAGAAACUCUUACAGGAGAAGAGUGCAUUUGAGGAUGAUAGUAUGUCAUCACUUUCAUCGGACAGCGAUAAUGUUGAAUUUGCACUCACUAAUUAGGCCAAAGAGGGAAAGCCAGUUCAAAUUGACACCUCAGCCAUUAAAGUUGCUGCCAAGAUUAAGAAAGUAACUAGACCAAUAGAUAAGCCUUAACAUAAGGCUAAGGCUAAGACUAAAGCUACUGCUGAUGAUGAGGCUAUAUUGGAUAGUGAUAAUGAGUCUGAGAGAACAACCAAGUCUAUGAACCGAUCAAAACACAAACAUUGUACUACUGGAAAUUGUGAUGGGAAGGUAAGUAUUUUAUUUUGUGCGCGUACUUAUUUACCCACUGCGCGUACUUAUUUACCCACUGCGCGUACUUAUUUACCCACUGCGCGUACUUUUUUACCCACUGCGCGAUUAAGACCUAAGCCUCUUCCAGUUAGAUUCUACACAUGCAAUGAGUGUUGUGAAGAUAGACGCUACGACAAAUUCCCUGCCAAAGAUCGAUCGGUGUGCAUUUACUGCCUUGAUGGGAAAUCUUGUAGAGGGUCAGUCAAAGGACUCGAAAAGUUAAGUCUUAAGUCAGCUGUUUUAGAUCAACUUCCCAAGCGGACUACUUAAGAACAACUUAAUGACAGUGGUAGUGAUAAUGAUAGUAUCAGUGUGUCUGUGGAACUAGGUUCUAAGAGGCAGAAGACUGCUGUAAACGUGACGGAAAUAGAACCAGAACACAUAGAGGUUGAUAUAAUCAGGCAACUUAAAGCCAUCGAGAAAAAUACGGAAAGCGUUUAUAUAAAUGCUUCAGUCAUACAGGAUAUAUGCAGCAAGUUUAACAAAGACUUAGUAAUUGACUUCUUCUCUAAGUGUAUUAACGCGCAAGUAGUUGAAUGCAUAAAUAAGGUCUUGGAGUGUGUGCGGUCACUUAGUACUGCUUAGGUCUUGGGGCUUCUGUGUGCUUCGUUUGCUUUAGGCCACACAUCAUGGGUAAGAGCAACUGUAACUCUGAACCAAAUGGAAGUUUCUUUGAGAACAGAAGCACUAUCAGAGUUUAAGUGGCAGGUUGCUAAACAUUACAGCGAGUGUAUUGGUAUGUGGUGUUCGAAAUAUUGGAACUAUAUAGGCGAGGAUUAGUUUUUAUUGUUAAAGGUACUCAAGAACUGCCCUUCUGCUGUUGAAGACAGCAUACUCAUGAUUUCCCUUUGUUCUUAAGUUGGUGAUGAUGUAUAAAAGUACAUUAAAGUUAUAUCAUCAUUUAUAAGGAAUGUUGAUGAAUCUUAUCAAUUGCUGCUUACUACUCUAUAAAAAUCCCCUAAACAGAUGAAGAUUAACUUUAGUGCACUCAAUGAGUUAUUAUGGCUGCUGUAGACUUAAUCACAAUUUUCAGCUAUACAUUCAAUCCGUGAUACCCUUUUGCAAAUACCAGUGGCUAAGUGGAAAGAACAAAUUGAGCUUGCGCAUGCCUCCUCCACAGUUAUUGAUGGUGAUACCAUAUAAAAGUCGCUCAAUGAGUUCAUCGCCAUGUAUGGCAAACCAGAUCCUAAACUUGCAGCUGAUCUGUCACUUGCAGGGGAUGUCCGCUUCCAGUUCUUUACUAAAGUUGUGUUGAAUCCUCCCAAUAAUAAGCAAUUCGCACUGGCUCAGUACUGUAUCGGUUUGCUCAAGACUCAUCACAGAUAAAUGUGGUGUGUACCUUCUGGCUAAGAUUUUAUCGAGAAGGAUCAGGUCCAACAUUGCAUUGGAAUUGAUGGUGUAUCAGUCGGAGAUAAUGAACUCGCAAUAUUUGAUGAAGGAGACGCUAUCAUGCACAGUGAUCCUGAAAAAUUCAGAGACUUUAUAUCCAAGUGUUUAUGUGUUUGUUUCACAGCCACUCCAGAUGACCAAGAUCCUAGAGGUGUAGAUAUAUAAGUCCUUAAAGCCAUGACAUUCUCAACCUUCUACUAUGUGAUUGAUGUUCUCGAGCGAAUAGUGAAGUUCGAUUUUGACCUUGAACUACCAGCAAUGCCUAUCACUGAAAAGGCUGCUGAAGUUAAGAAGCUCUCUUGGACUGGGCCUGUUGUUGUUCACUGUACUCCCUCACUGUAUGAAGAGCUCAAGAAACUUGAUCUUGAGCUGGUAGAGGUUGAUGAGAACGUGAACCAUCAGAUCUUGAGAACCAUCGGCCUGAAAGUAAAUGACAAAUUCAGGGUUGCGGUGGCUCUCACAGCAGCUUCUAUGAGAGGUCUUGACUAUAGAUCAUCUGUUGACGGAAUCCUGAUUUCAUUAUUAGUAGCUAAAUCAUUUGUGAAUAAAAGAGAAGCAAUACAAGGCUACUACAGAGUAGGUAGGUUUGGUGACAAGUGUUAUAGAGUCACAUUUAAGGAUGUGGACCUGAUAGACGCCAAAGCCGAGCUCACAUACAAACUCAAUGCAUUCAAGUUUUUAUAAGCUCUGUCCAGAAAGACUAUCCAGAUGAAGCAAAUUAAUGCAACAGACCUAACAGGGCAAAAUAAGAAGACACCAACAGCUACAGACAAAACAACACCAACAAGACAAGACAAGAAUCCUACAACAGUACAAACCAAGACAUCUUAUUAAGGAUCGAUGGGUAGAAAGAGAACAAAUGCGCUAGUGCCAUAGUUGUUGGAAGAGAAACAAGGGCAUAUCGAAUAGGCGUCACAGUCAUUGUGA